CCUGCUACGUGUAUCUGCGUAUCCGCUAGCGACAAACCUUUGAUCGGCAUACCCCGCAGCUACAAGCUGGUCAUUUCCACAUUGGCCGCGUGCUUGCAAUAGCUGUCUCUGCUGAGGACCCACGAAAAAACAUGAAGGUCGUCGUUGUUGGCUCCGGCAUUGGUGGUAUCUCCGCUGCCUACCACCUUGUCAAGGAUGGUCACGAAGUUGUCCUGCUCGAGAAGAACGAAACGCUGGGCGGACACACCUAUGAGAUGGAGAUCGACGGUGAGAUGGUGGACAUCGGCUUCAUGAUGUUCGGCGACUCGAACCCCAACGUCAAGGCGUGGUUCAAGUCGCUUGGUCUAACCGAGCCGGACGGAACCACCAAGAAGCGUAUUCCGAUGAGCCUGACGGUGAGCUCUAACAUCAAGGGUGAUCUCCAGUUUUCGUCACGAGCUCCGUUCCACGGCAGUUUGCUUAACCUCUUCGACCUGCGCAUUUGGCGUGUCCUGCGUGACAUCUACCGCUUCACCAUGGACCUCAUGGUCAUGCCCGUGAAGGAGGAUAUCACCACCCGCGAGUGGAUCGCCAAGGGCCAGUACUCGAAGGAGUUCUUUCACAGCUAUUUCCUGGCCUUUGUGUCGGUGUUGUGGACCGUACCCAAGAACGACGUACUGGAUCUGCCCGUGACACAAUUCCUUCGUUGCCUCAAGACGCACUCAAACUCGCUGUACAUCCCGUUGUGGCAGGUGAUCAUGCGUACUCUGGGCCGCCGUUCAGCACGCCCGAAGCACCUUUGGUGGUACAUUGGUUCGGCUUACAUCGAGCCCUUCUUGAAAAUCUUCACCGAGGAAUACAACGGCACCGUGCGCUACAAUGCGACUGUCGAUCAGGUUGAGAAGGGCGGCAAGGCCGUCAUCCUUGAGGGUGGCGAGCGUAUUGAGUGCGAUCACGUCGUUCUGGCCACGCACGCCGAUGAAAGUGCGCAUAUGCUUCGAUGGAGCGAGAAAUCGUACCGAUCGCUGAUGCGCUUCUACUUCCACAAGAGCAUGAUGUAUGUGCACCGUGACCCCACGCUUCUGCCAAAGUCUAGCAAAGUGUGGAGCAGCUGGAACGUGCUGAUCUGCAAUGAGGACCAGUACAUUCUGACGUACUGGAUGAACCGCAUCCAGCAUCUGAAUAGCAAGAAGGACGUGUUCGUUACAAUUACCCCGUACGAGGAGUUUGAGGGCCAACGCCCGGACGCAGACAAGACCAUCUCUGCAUUCCGCUGGGACCACCCCCGUCUUCUGGCAGACUGCAUUCCGCAGGUCGAAAUCAUCCAGGAGGAAGGUGUCACGCUGUCAGGCUGCUGGUUAGGCCGUGGUUUCCAUGAGGACGGCUUUGUGGCUGGUCGCCGUGCUGCUGCGAUAAUCCGAGAUCCGAAGCACAAGAAGACAGCGCUGUACGAGGAUCCGGGCAACAUUUCAACCCCUCCUGUGCCUCCUUUCGGUGUCCCGCUAAGUUUCCACGUCAUCGGUGCUACCGUCGUCGGCCUGGUUGGCUACGGAAUUGCCAAAUACCUUGACGUCAAGUUCUAAAUAGAUGAUACGUGUUAGUAAAUCGAUGUAGAUUUUCACUUGCUGCAGGCAGGAUGAUACUCAGCAUGUUCUUCCCAAUAAAAAAAUUCCGCUUCUUCCGAGUCAG